AUGUACGGCAUAACUCCACAACUCCCUCGCCUUAAAUCCAGGAAGAGUUUCAUGAACCAUACAAAAGCCAUCUCGUCAACAAAUCCUGAAGUAGAAAGAACGACCAGAUGGAGAAAUGAGAUAAGCAGUACCUCCAGCUGGGUGCCGAACGAGUCGCUCCCAUCUGGUCAUAAUGAAACAUGGCCGGUUUGGCGAACACUAAAUAGACUCAGGGCAGGAAUUGGACGAACGAAAGACAAUCUAAUAAAAUGGGGACUGCUAGAUAGCACAGACACCUUGUGCAUAUGUGGAGAAUUACAGACAAUGCAACACAUUAUCACAUGCACAGCUUGUUUCCAAACCUGCACCCCAGAAGACAUUCACAAAGGCACAAGCCAAGGAAUUAACGUAGCCCGCAUCUGGGCAGAAAUAAUAUAA